UGCGCAUGCUUGAUUAAGUAUCUAAGUUUCCACAUGCGUUUAUAAGUUCAGUAUUCGGAAAGAUUUGAUGUUAGUAGUCGAGAUUGAGGAAUUGCAUAUCGAAUAAAGUUGUAAAAACCAAACGUAGUUUUCUUAUGGACAUGACAAUAAUCUGGCGACGAGGAUUAUGGUAAAAAUUGUUGGAUUGCUUAUUCCGGCUUAUGAAUUUUAAAGAGUAUGUCGGACGCAGAUGGUGCUGCAAGUUCUCAACCUAGUUCCAGAGGAAGAAGUCCAUCCAGUGAAGUGAGAGUGAGCUGGGUGUACGAACUUAAUAAACAAGAACUAAUUGAAAAACUAAAAACGUAUAACGUUACUGUGAGUGAAACUGAUAGUGUUGAUAACCUACGAAAAACGCUCGUCAAAAAACUUCGUGGAAAAAACGAAACUUUCACAAAGAAGGAACUAUACAGGUACGACAUGUUCGACUUUAAUAAAAUAAGUUUUACCCUAAACAAAGACAAUUGGGAAGUUUUUGUCGAAAGACUAGAAUUAAUUUUCGAGUGUCAGUGUAUUCCGCCGGAAAGACAAAGUGCAGAACUGUUAACAAGGGUUUGUCAAGAGACUUUCAUGUUGUUUCGCAAUUUAACUUCACCAAAAAAGGCCAAAGAUCUUUCCUACUCUGAUUUAGUUAAUAUCAUGAACUCUCAUCUUCAUCCAAAGCCUUCAGAAAUUUCCGAAAGAAAUAAAUUCUACGCCACGAAACAAUUACCUUCGGAAUCGAUACACGCAUUCCUUACAAAAUUGAAAGAAAGAUCUUUUUAUUGUAAUUUCAAGGACCUUGAUAUUGCUCUUCGUGAUCAAUUUGUAUUUGGACUUAUAAAUCACGAAACAAAAGUGGAAUUAUUUCGUCAAGAAAAUCUAACAUUUCAAAGUGCGGUGAAGAUAGCGGAGGAUCGAGAAGCAGCUAUAAAAAAUUCCUUAUCAAUGAAGCCCGCAUAUGCUGUGUCUGAAGAUACAAUUUUUUACAUGAAUAAGGCUGGUUCAAAAUAUUCCAAUCAUCAACAAUACAGAGGAAGGGGAAGCGGAAACGCAGAAGGAAAAUUCAAAUCUUCGCAUCCAAACAACGCAGCCGCGGCUUCCACUUCCAAAGACCAGAGCCAGAAACUCAUCAGCGACAAUAGACAAAGACAACACGAUAACAGGAGCAGCUACAGACGAGAAGACAGAAACGGCAGCCGUAGGUCGAAUGUGUCAAACAAUUCUCAGCUAAGAAAAUCCACAAGGCAGAUAUUUCAUUGUCCAGCUAUGACAGAACAAAGUUGAAUGUAAUGGGUAUGUUGACUGAUCUUAAGGUGCAUUUCGAAGGGGUUGAAGCAAAUUUGAAAGCUUACGUUUUGGCAGGUAACGGGAAAAAUUUAAUAGGAAGGCAAUGGCUUCAAGCCUUGGAUAUGUGGCCGAUAACUUUUAAACCUCAGUUUGCGUUGAAUUGCUUGAAUGAUCAUAACAGUAUUAUUUCACAUUUUAAAUCAAAAUAUCCCCAAUUGUUCGACAACAGCCCAGGUAAAUAUAAAGGUAAAUCUAUUAAACUAACUUUCAAAAAAGAUUAUCAACCAAUUCAAUGUAAACCUUAUCAUGUCCCUUUCGCUUUGAAAGACAAAGUAGAUGCAGAAAUCGAUCGUUUGGUAAGAAUAGGUAAUUUGGAACAAGUUGAGGUGAGUGAAUGGGCUACUCCAGUGGUUCCUGUGGUGAAAGGGGAAGGAGUUCGUUUAUGCGGAAAUUUUAAAUUAACAGUGAAUCCUCAAAUAAUUGUUAGAAGAUAUCCAUUACCCUUAAAAGAAAAAGUGUUUCAGACGUUACAGGUUGGAACCAAAUGGUCCCAAAUUGAUUUAAAACAUGCAUUUAUGCAAUUUGAAGUUGCUGAAGAUUGUAGAGAUCCAUUGACAAUAAUCACACAGAAAGGUUUGUUUAGGUACAAAAAAUUGCCAGAGGGUGUAGCCUCCAGCCCAGCAGAAUGUCAAGAUAUUGUUACUGAUAUUUUGAAAGGUAUUCCGAAUAUUGAAAUUUACAUAGAUAAUAUUUAUUGCACAGGAAAGAAUGAUUCAGAGCAUCUCGAUUA